ACCUAAAAGCAUUUUGUGAAUAAAAGUCCCUCAAAAACAUUUCAUCAGAUGGAUUGAAACAUGGAUUUUGGCAUGCCUAUUUAGUCAGGUUCUUAGCGGUUUGAUGGCCGAGGAGGUAGUUUCAGCUGUGCUGCCAAAGACUGGUGAGACAGUAUGGGAUUCUAUUCAACGAAUGACGGAAGCUUCGAUAAGUAUGAAUGAGAACUAUUCAUGCUUUCAGGCGAAAAUGAAGACCCUUUGUGCAUUGAGGGAUGACUUGAAAGAUAGAACCUCCAGAUAUAUGUCAACAAAGAAGCGGACCAUGGACAACUGGUUUCAUAGGGUGAGGGCUGUGGAAACGGUUGCACGAAAACUUGAAAGGAGGUUCACAGAGAAACAAGAAAGCUCAACAUGGAUUCAUGUCAUUCCCAGGUCAAAGUUGAGCAAAGAGUUGGCAAGCAUUUGCUUAGAUAUAUGUGAACUUGGGAUGGAGGGUAAUCAAUUGGCGGAUACUUUGGUUCGCAAAGUUGUUGAGCGAGUAGUAAAGAUGACUACCCCAGAUAUCUCUUAUAUCCCUACCCUUCAAGGCGUAUUGGAUAAAAUACUUCAAGAUCUGCCAAAUGAAGAUCUUAAAGCAAUCAGAGUGCUAGGAAUGUUAGGGGCAGGAAAAACAACGAUACUACAAAAUUUGAAUAACCAUGAAAAAGUUGCCAGUAUGUAUGAAAGAGUAAUCUGGGUGACAGUUUCGGGUGAGGAGAAUAACAAGGAGAAUUUAAGUACAGAGAUGCUGCAACAUGUGAUUGCAGAAAGACUGAUGGUGGAAACAGAAGGCAUCAAAGAUGUUUCUAAAAUUGCUAUGAGAAUAAAGGAGGAACUAGAAGCCGUAAAGUAUUUGCUACUUUUGGAUGAUGUCAAGGCAGAACUAGAUUUAGAUAUGAUUGGUAUUCCUAGUGGUGCAAAAGGUAGCAAGAUAGUCAUGACAACAAAAUAUCGGCAUGUUCGGCUUCCAUCAUGUUCCAACAUUGAAGUGAAGAAGUUAUCUCAAAGUGAAUCAUGGAACAUGUUUGAUAGGCUAUUGGCUCUCCCCAAUGAUAUCAAAAAUAAGGCACAACUUCAACGCACGACUUUCAAAGCUGUCUCUUUAUGUGGGGGGCAUCCAUUGAUGAUAAAGAUGGCAGCACGUAUCUUCAAAGCAAUAGAAAAGAGUGAAAUCAAUGAGAUAAGUUGGAGUGAUGGAUUACAAAUGUUAAGAAGGUGGCCGGAGAAGGGAAACAAUGAUCCAAUGAAAGACUUGCUGAAGUUUUGUUGUGAUCACUUAAAUGUUGAACAAAAGCCGUGUUUUCUUUAUAGUGCCUUGUAUCCAGAGGACACAGAAAUUUCCACUGAGAGACUAUUGGAUUGUUGGGCAGCUGAAAAUUUUCUUAAAAGUGGUUAUGGUACAAAAGUUGGUGGGCGGAAUAUACUACGUCACCUCAAAAAUGUAAUUUUACUUGAGGAAGGCGAGUCAGGACAACACGUAAGGAUGCAUAAAUUGAUCAGAGCGACAGCAUUAAAUAUUUUGUCCGAAGAAAUGAAGGAUAGGUGUUUGGUGAAGACUAGUGAUGCAACACAGAAAGUUAAUGUUGUUGCACCAAAGCGCGCAUGUGUGGAUUUAUGGACAGAUAAGGAAUGGAUCUCUUUGGCUAACAAUUCACUUGAUAGAUUUCCUGAUGCCCCCCAUUCCUCCCAACUUUCCACACUUUUUGUUCAAAAAUAUUCGAAGCAUAAGAAGAUUCCCGAUUCAUUCUUUCAACACAUGUGUAGCCUUCUGGUUUUAGAUCUUUACAUGACAGAGAUAGUUGCACUUCCAUCAUCAAUAAACCAUUUGUCAAAUCUUAAAGUUCUCUAUCUUAAUGGUUGUACCGUGUUAAAGGAGCUUCCUGGUUUCAUAGGACAACUGAAGUCUCUUGAAGUGCUUGAUAUUCGUGGCACUGGAGUUGCUAAAUUACCUUAUGAGAUUGAAGGGUUAACUCAAAUGAGACGUUUGCUAGUAUCCUUCACCAUGUCAACUAAAGAUAACAAUGAUGUGAUUUUUAAGUUGCAAGGACUUGAAGACCUAAUCAUUGACGUAGAUUCAGAAAUGGAAGACUGGUGUAAUGACUUAAUUGAAGAUGUAGUUGAAAAGGUUAGUACCUUGCCAAUGUUGAUUUCUUUCCAAUUUCGUUUUCACAACAGAGUUAUAGAUAUCAUACAAGUUGUAGACGACACUAUGAAGAUCUACGUGCCCAAAGAACACCAUCUUAGAAGCUUUCUUGAGCGAAGGAAAGAUCUUGAGACACGUUCAUUUCAAGUUUACAUUGGUUACUUCAUGGCUCAUGGCCCUGAAAUUCCUGAAUUUUACCGUUAUGAUAGGUAUGUAAAAUAUCACAAUGGAAUGGGCCAAGAUGAUGUGAUUAAUGAAGUACUUACCAAAGUACAUGCAUUUGAGUUGACCAACCACAAUGACAUUAAUUACCUAUCAAGAAAUGUCAUUAAAAGCAUGGAAAAUGUCCAAGGAUGUCUAAUUCAAAGUUGCAACCAAAUGAAGACAAUUGUUAACUGGAGUCAUACAUAUGACCUAUCAUUAUGGCCUAACAUGGAAAGGUUGGAUGCAAAAUACAUGCCGAAACUGGAAACUUUUUUAAUGGGCCAUGUACAACUUGGAAGCCUCUCUAAACUCAAGACUCUAGUUCUAUCCAAAUGCCCAAUGAUGACCGUUGUAUUUUGCAAUGUUGUAGCUCAACAUCUACUAGAGCUCCAAUAUCUAGAAGUAGAAGAUUGUUGGAAGGUUGAAGAGAUUGUUAUGUGCUCUAAAGAUAUUGGCCCAUGUGCUUUCCCAAAACUAAAUACGUUAAUUCUUUGUAACAUGCUAAGUUUGCAAAAGAUAUGUUCGUGCACUUCCUUAGAGAUCUUAAGGAUACAUAAUUGUCCUUCAUUGAAAGAGUUGCCUUUUGAUAGCAACAACAUAAUGCAGCUUCAGAGCGUUGAAGUAGAGGAAGAGUGGUGGGAGACAUUAAAAUGGCCAGACUCUUAUGUCAAAGAACAACUUAGCAGACGCUGUUUCUUCAGACAACAAGCAUAGCAAUCUCUCAAGGCCGGGCAGAUGUAAUUAGUAUCUAUUUUAAAACUGAUUGCUGCUAUAUGGAGUUAAAAUCAUUUCUCUUUACUUGUUUGUAGUUACAUUGUUGUACUGUAUAAAAUAAAUAGCAAAAAGUGUGUGUCAACAGUUUACUACUUGUAUAAUCUUGGUUGGGACAUCUUGUAUGCAUCUCUUUUAUUCGGCAAAUUUAUAUAGUUGAUGGCUCUGUUUGGAACCAGUUCUAAUGCA